AUGUCUCACUACUACAUCAAGGAGACAAUCUCAAGGACUCCUCCCACAGCUAAAACUGCAGAUGGUAUGCAGAGGCAGAGACCUGCCUGCUUUCCAAUGCCUAAAGACACUGAAAGGCAAUUUGGACUUAUCAUCUGGGGACUGGUCCAUCCCCACUCCCACCCUCAUCCCAACAAGAAGGCAGAAGGGGGAGAGAAGAAGUGGACCUUCCUCAGGUUCACCUACCGUGGCCUGAACCUCGACCAGCUGUUGGACUCGUCCUAUGAGUUGCCGAAGCAGCUGAACGUGGCGUUGGCGCUGACGCACGGCCUCCGGAGGGAGGGGCACUCCCUGUUGAAACGCCUGCGUGAGGCCAAGAAGGAGGUGCCUCCCACGGAGAAGCUCCUGGUGGUGAAGACACACCUGCGUGACAUGAUCAUCCUGCCUGACAUGCUGGGCAGCAUUGUGGGUGUCGACAAGGGCCAGACCUUCAACCAGGUGGAAAUCAAGCCUGAGAAGAUCGGCCACCACCUGAGCGAGUUCUCCAUCACCUGCAAGCCGGAGAAGCAUGGCCACCCACUCCUCCGGCUUCAUAAACCCCAUCGAGCUCCUUUCCUCGAAUGUUCCUGGCACCAUGCCCUCUUCCAUAAAUCCACCUUACUUGUUGUUCUGACCCAGCCAGUCUUCUGCUACCAGGCCUAUGACUCCAGGCCACCUCAUGUCACUUGUACCUGA